GUGUGUGGAGGAAAAUAACGUCCGGCGCGCGCGCACGAGAGGGGAGGAGAAGAAGCCAGGAGGAGCCGCUGCGCUGCUGUUGGCUGGCUGUGUGUCGCCAGAGGAGAGAGUGGCUGAAAUACACUUUCAGUUGACGUUUUAACUCCUGCAAAUGACGGGAAUUCAAUGAGAAUACGGGUUCGAGCGCAGUAGGCGGCGCCGCGCAUCUGAAAAGUGCAUAAAGUGUGGCGUCUCGGAGCUCCGCACCCGUAGCCCACCCACCCCGGCCGGAGCCAGGCAGGCAGACAGCCUCCCUCCCUUCCUGGAUGUAAAAGCAGCGACGCUUUCACCAUCACCCAGCCACCAGUAGUGACCGGGCGGUUUGGACCUCCAUUUCAGGAAGUUCCAGCAGCUCCUUGCAACGAUGUAGAUGGGGAUGCAGAGAUGAGGAUGAUGCAGGGACUCGCAGGGAGGGGGAGCAGUGACUGACACGCUCCUCCGUUUCGCCACCGCGCGCGCUCUAUGUCCGUCCUGACGGGACGGCUCGAGUGCUAUGUCAUCAACCACGCCCUCCUCGGCCCAACCCUCUAAAAAGGGGAGGAAGCCGGAGAAAUCAGAGGCCAUGGCUGAUUCGCCGCAGGCCACCAACGAAGAGCUUAGGAGCAAACUGAUGGACGCUCAGAUCGAGCUGCAGCAGGAGCGUGGCAAGGUCUGCAAGCUCCGAGAGCGUGUGCAGGAACAGCGACAGGCCCGGGAGCUUGAACAGCACAAACAUGCUGUGGCACUCACUGACCUGCGCGCCAAACUCCACGAAGAAAAGCUACGCGAGUUAGCGGCGGCUCGCGAGGCUCUGGCGCGGCAGCAUGAAGCCGAGUUGAGCCGGACGAUCAAGAUCCGGGACGCAGAGGUGCAGAGGCUUCAGGGGCUGGUAAAUGCGCUGAGAGAUGGGGCCGCCGACAAGCUCAAAAACGCCCUGCUCGUGGAGGCCCGGGAGGAGGCCAAGAGAGCUUUUGAUGGGGAGAGACUAAAGCUACAGCAGGAGAUUCAGGAGCAGAAAACAGCCAGGAAGCAGGCCGACGAGGCGCUGGCCAAUGCCCUGCAAGCUGAUAAAGCCAAAGCAGCUGAUCUGCGCACAGCCUACCAACAACACCAGGAUGAGGUUAAUCGCAUUAAACGGGACUGCGAGAAAGACAUUCGCAGAGUGAUGGAUGAGCUAAAGGCAAAGGACCGGGUGGUGUGUGCCCUGGAGAGGGAGCUGGGCCUGCAGGCUGGCUAUGCCCAGAAGCUCCAGCUUCAGAAGGAAGCCUUGGAUGAACAGCUGGGACAGGUACGAGAGGCUGAAAAAUACAACCACGGCAGCCCCAAGCGAGAGGCGGUGCCUGGGCUGGGAGAGAAUCCAGACCUGCUUAAUAACCAGUUGUCGUCUUCCUUCUCCUCCCCCCUCCCCCCCGCUCAACAGGAGGUGGACGAGCGGGACAUGAGGAGGUUCCAGCUGAAGAUCGCGGAGCUCCACUCAGUCAUCAGGAAGCUGGAGGACCGAAACGCACUUCUGGCAGACGAGAGGAAUGAACUACUGAAGCGGGUGCGGGAGGCCGAGAGCCAAAUGAAGCCCAUGUUUGAGAAGAAUAAACGGCUGUCCAAGAAGAAUGAUGACCUCCUGCAAACACUGCAGCGUAUGGAGGAGAAACUCAAGAACCUGAGUCGAGAAAAUGCAGAGAUGAAGGAAAAGGCGUCUUCCUCUCGGCCACCCUCACAGCACCAAACCACUCAGCCUCCCUUAAAGCGUCCAAGUUCCCUGACAGACCUUAGUCACGCCCACGAGGAACAGGAAGUGGAGUUCCUCAAGCUGCAGGUUGCCGAGCAACGUGGCAUCAUUGACGAGCUCACGCAGGAACGUGAUCGAUUGGUGAUGAGCAAGAAAAACAGACGGAAAGCAACCAAGCUGCCCAAAAGGCAUGUUGUGGAGACAUAUUUUGGAUUUGAUGAAGAAUCAAUAGACUCUGAGACGUCAUCUCUUACCUCCUUUAACACCGACCUGACUGACCGCACACCUGCCACACCUGAGGAAGAUUUGGAGGAGACGGUUUCCCGCGAGGAGUCAGAGCUCCGUUUCCGUCAGCUCACCAGAGAGUAUCAGGCUCUUCAGCGAGCUUACGCGCUCUUGCAGGAGCAGAGUGGCGGAUCUUUGGAUGCCGAAAGGGAGGCCAGAACACGUGAGCAGCUUCAGAUGGAUCUCAGCAGCUGCCAGGCAAAGAUUAUUGACCUGGAGAAGGCGCUGGCAGAGAGCGGACAGGAUUCAAAGUGGGUGGAAGAGAAGCAAUACUUGGUCAGGACCAACCAGGACCUGCACGAGAAGAUCUGCUCACUGCAGCAGGCUGAGUCGCGGCUGCAGGCCGAGGUUCAGGACGCGCGGGACCAAAACGAGCUGCUUGAAUUCAGGGUGCUCGAACUGGAAGAAAGGGAACGCAGAUCUCCUGCACUCAAUCUCCACAUGUCCGCGUUCCCUGAGAACAGCAGCAGUGCCCUGCAGACGUACUGCCGUCAGGAGGGAGUGAAGGACGUAAUCAUUCCCGAGCUGAUGAAAAAGCUGGAUAUUCUGGGAGAUAACGGAAACCUCAGAAAUGAGGAGCAGGUGGCGGUGAUCCAGGCUGGGACUGUGAUCUCACUCUGCGAAAAGUGGUUGAAGCAGGUAGACAGCACUGAGGCGGCACUGACUCAGAAGAUGAUCGACCUCGAAAACGAUAAAGAGUUGUUCAGUAAGCAGAAGGGAUUCCUCGAAGAGGAGCUGGAUUACAGGAAGCAGGCGUUGGAUCAGGCUUACAUGAGGAUCGAGGAGCUGGAGGCCACGCUGUAUAGCGCUCUGCAGCAGGAGCAGCCGGCAUGCCAGGCGGUGGCCGAGUCGCUGACAGACAGGCAGAGGGAGGAGCUGAGGCUUGCCGUGGACAAGUUGCGGCGUCAGAUUCUCCGGCAGAGCCGGCAGUUUGACAGUCAGAUCUUACAGGAGCGCAUGGAGCUCCUACAGCAGGCCCAACAGAGAAUUAGAGAAUUGGAGGACAGGAUUGACUUGCAAAAGAGACAAAUAAAGGAGAUAGAGGAAAAGUUUUUGUUCCUCUUCUUAUUUUUCUCUUUAGCAUUUAUUCUUUGGCCUUAAUGAAGGUAACCCUGGACUCUCAUCAGGUGUUGACUUGCUAUGGAGCAAAGCAAGGAUUCAAAACUUAAUUGUUUUUUAUGUUUUGUUGACAGUUACAAAGAAACCUUAUGGCCUUUUUGAUAAAUAUGCACUUUGCAGAAGUCCCCCUACUCAGAAUGCAAGCAGAUUAGAACAUUUUAUAAUCAUAUAUAAAUAUACUUGGAAGACAUCGUUUAUUAUUACAGUUUUGCAAUUGUCUUUGAACCUGAAGCGCUGGACUUCUUUGUGGGAAUAACAACAAACAGAUUUAUUGUGAGUUCUGAGCAUUUUAUCGAGGCGGAGAAAAUUCACAGCAAGAAAGAGUGUCUGAAUGGAGAAGGAGGGAUGGAGGGAGGAAAAGUUAAAGUUCAGGACUGAUGUGGGGGAGGGGGUGAACGGGCUGAGAGCCAAAUACAUGUCGAGGAUUCCUGUAACUAGUCGGCGGAGUUACUAUGGAAACAAGAGUACAACGAAGUCCACAUCUCCGUCUCAACUCACUGGAAGGGGAAAACCUUUAAAGGUGGAAAUGCAAACUCAGGUCUUUUGCCGCAAGUAAAUUUUCCAGA